AGAAUAUUAUAUUUAAUGUUGCAGGUUUUUACUUAAAAUAAUUUGAAUUUUAUCACAAAGGAAUGAACUGACUAGAAGCGUUUUAGAUUUUUUAUUUUUUUCAUAUUGCGGUUAAAAUAAUUAUGUGAACUAGACCUGCUCUAUUAGAAAAUAAUGAAGUUAACAGAGUUAAAAACUAAUUUUGAGUUCAUAAAUUAAAAAUUAAUUAAAUUACCAAAUCAACAAAAAUCCACUUGCACCAUUUUUUUUAGUUGAAGUAAGUAAAACAUGGCGGAAGAAGGUUACGAUGUUGAAGCAGUCAGCGAUACUUCACAUGAUAUGUAUUGUGUUAUUUGUUUGAAGUUGAUGAGAAAUGCAAUACAGAUGAAUUGUGGCCAUGGAAUGUGUGACGCUUGUUUUCAUAAGUUGGUUAAAUAUGCUAAAGAGAGAAAAGUUUCUUUGGUUUGUCCAUCUUGUCGAAAGGAAAUUAUUGAAAACAAGGUGUUUCAAGUACCAAUGUUUGAUCGAAUCAUUUUGGCGUUGCAAGUAAAAUGUGAAAACUCAAAGAUGGGAUGUGAUUGGAUUGGUGAAUUGGGAGAAAUGGAGAUACACAAAGCUGCAAAUUGUAACUUUCAAGCUCGAGCUCAGGCUAUCGCAAACGUUAAAAUUGAGACCUGUCCCAAUAUUAUACCUAAACAUAAAUCAAAAGGAGCUGAUAUUUGUGGAACAGAAGGUAAAUUUUAUAUCAUCCGACCAGAUAUUGGUUACUAUCUUCGCUCAUCGAACUUCAAUCAAGGAACCGAUCUUGUCACCUACAAAUUGCAUGAUCGUUGUAAGGGAGAGCACUAUUUAUCAACUGGUGGAAAAUUUUACAUUAUUCAAGGUGAUAAGUAUCGUCGUGUUACCAACAUGAAUUUGGACAAAGGUUCAACUUCUUAUUCUCUUCAUCCUAACUGCAAAGGUGGUGAUGUGUAUUUGUGUGCAGGUGAUCAAUUUGUUAUCAUUUCCUUUGAAACUGAAAUUUGUCACGUCACGUCUAAUAUGAAUAACGAUGAUAAAGCUUACGACAUUGCCAUUCCCGAAGAUAUCAGAGAUGCAUUGUAUCAUUGGGGUGGUAGAGAUAAGAGUUAUUGUUUAAAGCAGUCUGGUGCCGAAGUUGAAUAUUGUAGAUAUAAAGGAUUUGAUGGGAAGAAAGAAGAUAGUUAUCCAGUUCAUCACAAUGUGAUGUGUUUUAUUCCUGGUGGAUUGGCUGUUGCUUUUGGUGCAUCUGUUGCAUUCUGGAAAUGUAUCCAUUCAGAGAAGAAUGAAACAAAUUCAUCUAGAUUAUGGUCAAGUAUGCUAGAUCGCAAGGAUGGAUUUCAUUAUGAAAUGUUAGGAUUGGAUGAUUUUGGAUUUGAUCUUUGUUCGAAAGCAGUGCGAAUUCAAUUUUUAGAUGAUUUUAAAGAUGACGAAUUCAUCACAAAUUUUCUCAAUAAAAAUAGUUGGCAUGGAAUGAAACAAGUGAAAGAAUCAGUUCGUGUCCGCAUCCAUGCUGGAGAUGAAAUUCAUGUUUGGCAAUAUGUUGUUGGAUUUAAAAAUGUUACUGAUCUUUUCUUUACCCCCUUUGUAACAAUUACUGAUAACAAUGAGAUUCCAACACAGCAAGCCUUGUACGAAUUAUAGAUUAUACAGUUGGUUGUUCGUGACGCGUAUUUAUUUUGGUCUUCUGUAGAACAAAGUAUCUUCACUGGAUAUAUAUUCAUAGAAGUUCUUUCUUGUUCAAGCAAGUUCACACGUUUUAGAAUUUGUUAUUUUUAUUUAUCAUAGAUUUUGUUGUCUUCUGAUAGAUAAGUGAAAGCAUAUUUAAAUUAUGAAAUAAAUUUUUGCCAGUUCUUUUUAUCUCUGAAAAAGUUAUUACCAUGGAUAUUUAUUUAUCAAAAGUGUUAUCGUGUAUUUCAUAUUUAUAUUUUUACGAAGUGGAAAUAUUUUACUGUGUAUAUAAGAUUUCUAUAAGAGUGAAUGACCACGUUUAAUACUUUUUUCUAAAUUGUCACUUUUGUUUGUAUCGUCAUUGUUGGUAAAAUCUGAUGUCUUGCACAUUAUUAAACAGAUCUAUAAUGAUCCGCUUUUUUGUGUGUGUUUUCGAUCAUCGAAAAGAAAGACACAAUCACACAUGGGCUUUUUUGUAGACAAUUUUUUUUCCCUUCUCUUUUUUUUUUUGAUUUGUAAGGUCAAAACUGUUAAUUUUUUAGUUACACAUCUGUUUUCAGAAUGUGAUUGCUUCGUCUAAAAAAUUAAAUUAAAACAGAACCUUAAGGACUAGACAGUUAUGUGAAAAUUUGAAAUUAUUUUGUAAAAACAAGUCUUCUGGUGUAUGUCAGGUUUUCGAUUUCCAUAUUUUUUAAAAAUGUUAUAAUUUUCUCUAGUGGUUGAGAAAAUUGCAAAAGAAAAUUGUUUAUCUUUUUACAAUGUAAUUUUUGAGUUUUUUUCAAACUUUUCUUCCAACUAUUAAUUUGUAAUGCUCUCCCAAGUUUUAAAGUAAUGAACCCAGCUUUGAGAACUAACAAAGAAAUGCAGAUAUUUUUUAAAUAGGAUUUUUGAUGAAAUUUGUACACAUCAAACCGAAACUAGUUGUAAUUUUAAAAUAUUUUAAGAAGAAUAAAGAGUAUGUAUGUGUUU